ACAGAACCAACCCCUCAGUCGUUACGAAUUGGACAGUUGAUAGUAUAAGGCUUCUAACCAUCUUCAAUUCUAUUACCACUCAUCCCUUACUAUUUGAUACAAUGGGCUGGAAAAAACACCCUGAAAAUCGUCGGGAACAGAGAGAUGAACAGACUCGAGCAUUCCUAAAAACGUUGUCCUCGGGCCAGCUGAACAAUUUCAAGAUAACGGCAGCCUGCCUUGAAGAAAUAUGCGAAAAGACUCCAGAGGAUGUUUAUUAUUCUGCAGAGGAUAUAAAAUGGUUCAUUGGCUUUUUCCUUUACGCGGAUAGAAACUUUGACGGGAGUGUUUCACUGUCGGAAUUGACGAAAACGUUGGAGUCACUUGAAGAUAAGGACAGUGCUAAGAAGGAUGCUAAGAAGGCUAAGGAGGAUGCUAAGGAGCUAAUGGAUUUCUUUAAUACGCUGGAUAUUUCUGGAGACGCAAAGCUUAGUUUGGCUGAGUGGAUAAUCAUCGGCUUUUUUGGAGAGGACCGCAAGGACAAUUACAGGGGUGCUAUCAGGGUUGAACUUGAAUAAUUCCGUGUGCGCUUAGAAGACUAAAUAUCAUGCAUAUUCGGUUACUUCUGUCGUACAUGUCCUCUCCAUCCUCUAACUCAUGAGGUA